CCGGGCCGUCAUGGGGCCGUUGAGCUACAUGCUGCUGUGCGGACAGGCGGCGCUACUGCUCGGCAACCUGCUGCUGCUGCACGGCGUGUCACGGGGCCACCAGCACAACGCCACCACCCCCGGGCCCGGGCCCGCUGAGGGAGAGCCAGCGGCGCCCGCCUGGACCUACGGAGACCCGCGAGGGCCACUUGUCCUCUGCUCGCGCCUGCCUGAGGAGUUCGUGGCGUGCGACGAGCCUGUGGACCACCUGGGCAAUGCCACAGCACAGCAAGAGCUGACCUACGGCUGUGUCAAGUUUGGCGGCCAAGCCUAUAGCGACGUAGACCAUACUCUGGUGCAGUGCCGAGCGCUAGAAGGCAUCGAGUGUGCAGAGCCCCGGACUUUUCUGCGAGGGAAUAAGCCAUGCAUCAAGUACACUGGACACUACUUCAUAACCACUUUACUCUACUCCUUCUUCCUGGGUUGCUUUGGAGUGGAUCGGUUCUGCUUGGGUCAUACUGGGACAGCAGUAGGAAAGCUGUUGACUCUUGGAGGACUGGGCAUCUGGUGGUUUGUUGACCUUAUUCUUCUCAUCACGGGUGGGCUGAUGCCCAGUGACGGCAGCAACUGGUGUACCAUUUACUGAGAAGAAAUGACAUCCAACUGAAAGCUGAACCCAGGAGAAGCUGAUGCAGCAUUUGUUGUCUCUGCAGGACUGGAGACUGACUUCCGCCUUUGUUGCAGAAAACGCCUUGCAUUUGCUUUGUUUUUACCGUGUGUAAAUACCUUCUGGACUUGUGCAUUAUAAGCUGCAGAAGAAUGCUGUGGCUAACACCUGUGCAUAUACCUCAGACUUCACCUUCAAAGACAAAUCCCUGUUAAAAUGAUUUGGAAGCUUCUUCCCUGCAGAAUAACAGUUGACAGGGUUAAAUACUUGGCCUGUCUUGCAUUGCACUUCCAGAGUAAUGUAUCCCUCGAAAAUGUGCUAAUUUUGGCCUGUCCACAAAGCUCUAAGAUUGGUUUUUUGAAAUGUUCAGUUUCACAUGAAAAAAUACUUCUUUAAUGAGAGGCCGCAAUAGCUGAGCUCAUAGCCCCUUACCCCAUUGGUGACUUGUAGAAAAGGGAGAAGACGUGCAGCUCAAAGCUUAAGUAUUCAGUAAUCCUCAGCACUCUUUGUUCAAAAAUCUGUUGGAGAGCCGACCUUUCUUUUUGUAUGAAGGAGAGCCUGCAACCACAGACAGGCAAACAGAGGUCUUAGAAUAAAAAAGUGUGUGGAAAAA